ACUAAAUUUACUAAAUACCCUCCAAAACCCUAAGAAGGUUCACCCGUCCCCAUUUCGCUUCUCUUGCAUUUCUUCCUCGUACUCAGAAACCAUAACGCUAGAUCUGGUUAAAGAUGAGAUAUUCAUGGCGUCUGAUGCUGUUACGAAACUACUCUCGCUCUACUCUCCAAAACCCAACUCAUUUUUCUUGUUUCCAGGUAUACUCUUCUUCUCUUCGCUCUCUGUCUACACUUCUUCGCACGCAUUCACCCUCUCAGUUUGAUAACCUAGCGAACGGGAUUGUCCCCAUUAAUCCGUAUGCACAACUGAGAUACAAAGACUUUGUAGCUCGUAAUUUUUCAUCUGAGGCUGCGAUUGAGGAGGAAGGGCACACUGAUCAUGUAGUUGUAGUUGAGGCUUUUAGCAAGUUUAGUGAUUCGGAUGAUAUUAAGAGAGAACUGAAUGGUGUUGUGUUCACCCAUGAUAUGGUAUUGAGAGUGUUGAAGAGUUUUGAAUCAAGCCCGGAUGUGGCAACAAGGUUUUUUGAUUGGGUUGUUGAGAGGGACGGUGAGAGAUUGAGCUCGAAAUCGUAUAAUUUGAUGUUGGACAUUUUGGGACUUAAUGGGUUUGUGGAGGAGUUUUGGAAUUUGGUUCAAACAAUGAAGAAAAAGGGUUAUGGGGUGUCAAAGGGUGUUCAUGAUAAGGUAUUGGAUAAAUUUGAGAAAGAUGGUCUAGUGAACGAUGCUGAGAGGUUGAAAGGGGUGUUUUCAACUGGGUCUGUGGACAAUUCCAUGGAAAAGAUAGGAUUGAGAUUGUAUAGGAUUAUUAGAAAUGAGGUUUGGGGGGAUGAGGUUGAGCAGAGGAUUAAGGAUUUGGAUGUUACAUUUUCUAGUGAUCUGGUGAAAAUGGUCUUAGAGAAUCUCGGUACGGAGCCAAUGAAGGCAUUGAUAUUUUUUCGGUGGAUCGACGAGAGUGGUUUGUUUAAACAUGAUGAGAAAUCAUACAACGCUAUGGCACGGGUUUUGGGCAGAGAGGAUUGCCUCGAUAGAUUUUGGAAGGUUGUCGAUGAAAUGAGGAGUGGAGGGUUUGAAAUGGAGAUGGAGACAUAUGUUAAGGUUUUAGGUAGGUUUGCUAAGAGAAAAAUGAUCAAGGAUGCUGUGGACUUGUAUGAGUUUGCAAUGGCUGGAGCGAGCAAACCUUCUGCUAAUUGUUGCACCUUUCUGUUGAGGAAAAUUGUGGCUGGUAAGCAGUUGGACAUGAAUCUGUUUUCGAAGGUGGUAAGUGUUUUCAAGCAGAGUGGGGGUAUUUUGACUGAUCCCAUGCUUGAUGCGGUGCUCAAAUCAUUAACAAGUGUUGGUAGGAUCCAAGAGUUUACUAAGGUGUUCAAAGCAAUGGGGGAAGGUGGAUUUGUUCCUACUGGCAAUCUGCAGGGUAAAAUUGCUUACAGGCUGAGUUGUGCUCGACAAAAGGAAGAAACCAAUCGGUUUGUGGAUCAUAUGGAAACUUUGGGGCGGGGUUUAGAUGGCAGGGCCUGGGUAUCUUUAGUUGAGGGGCAUUGUGUAGCAGGAGAUCUUGAAAAGGCAUCUGAAUAUUUCCAAAAGAUGCUUCAAAAGGAGGGAGCUUCUGGUGUAAGUUACACAUUUGAAUUGUUGGUAAAUGCGUAUUGCAACAAAAAUAGAGCAAUCGAUGCAUGCAAACUUCUGUGCAACUUUGUUAGUGAAAAUCAGUUAAAGCCUUGGCAUACUACAUACAAAGCUCUGAUAAAUAAGUUAUUGGUUCAGAAGGGAUUUAGUGAAGCUUUGAAUAUCCUGACUUUGAUGAAAAAUCAUGGUUUUCCACCUGAAGUGGAUCCUUUCAUCGAGUAUAUAUCAAAGACGGGAACUGCUGAUGAUGCUAUUGCUUUUCUCAAGGCCAUGACUUCCAAGAGGUUUCCAUCCACAUCUGUUGUUAUUCGCAUGUUUGAAGCCAUUCUCCAGUCUGGAAAGCAUCAUAAAGCACAAGAUAUCCUUUCUAAGUGCCCAAAUUACAUACGUAACCAUGCCGAUGUGUUGAAUCUCUUCUGUUCCAUGAAGUCAGCUAAAAGAACCACAGCUGCUGCCUUGGCCGUUUAGGCUUCUUGAUCUGUCCGUUGUAUUCUCAGGGUGAUGUGGUAUGAAAGAUUGUCACAAAUUUUGGCACACUGCAUUUUUUUUCCUUUGAACCAUGAUCAUGUGUAUUGCAAAAUAAACUCAAGGCAUUCAAAUUUCUGAAAAUUUCUCAUAUUUGAUGUUUUUCUUAUGCUCUCAUAUUUACUUAAGGCAUUUUUGGGUGCUUGAUGGAUAAAUAUAUAUAUUUUUUUGUUCA